AUGUAUUUAAUACCGAAUUUCUAAUUUUUAUUUGAUAUAAAGUCUAACAUAAGGAUUAGGUUUGUAGAAGUACAUUUAGUAUAACCAUUCCUUUUACUUUAUACAACAAAUCAAAUUUUAUAGAUUUGGGACUAUGAAAAAAAGACCUGUUUGAGAGCAAUAAAUGUUUCAUUAAUUGAACCUGAUAGAGUGUAGGAAGUUAAACAAUUGAAAUUUCAUGACAACUAGAUUAUUUAUAGACUUUUUAAUGAUUAAUCCUUAUAUUUGUAGAAUAGCAUUAUGAUUCUGACAUCUGAUAAAUUGUAUUCCUACAAAUAUUGCUCUGAUUAUUCGGAUCUAAUAACAAAUGGACCUAUUGGUGUUUCAAAUAAAUGUUUAGAAUUUAUUGACUCAUAAUACAUAGCAGUAGGAGGUGAAGGAGUAAAGAUUAUAGAUUUGAAGCAGAAUCUAAUUGUAAAAACAAUGAAGGGAUAUCAUCAGAAAGGUAUCAAUUAGAUGCUCUCAUAUAAAUAAAAUUAAUUUGACAGACCUCGUCUUGUGGCCAGUAGUUUAGAUGGUACAAUGGCUUGUUGGAAUGCAGACACAGCAAAUGAAUAACCAACAUUCAAAUUUUUAAUGUCCAAAAAAGGCAAGCAGUUAAUGACUGCCAAUAAUGGAUAGGAGAUCUUAUCAAUUGCAUAUGACCCAUAUGACUUUUAAAUAGUUACUGUUACAGAAAACUAUAUUACAUUAUGGAGUUCUUUGAAUGGAAUGGAAAUUAAUAGAUUCAAGCCUCCUAUUCCAAUUAAAGAGCUUGUUCAUAUUAGUCAUUCUAAUUUUCCUUCUUAAACAUAUAUUGGUCAUACAAGAUCAUCAGAAAUCUAUGCCCUAUAUCUGAUAGGAAAACAAUAAAAGAAAUUUGAUUAUGUGAUACUUUUAGAUUUGAAAAAUGUGUCUGAUGUUGAUAAAUAAAUUAAGAUCAAUACCAUCACAACCAAUAGAUUGAAGUCAAAUCUUUUAUGUGUUGCUACCACUCAUGGCUUGUUUUUACUACAGGCUUCUGAACUCUUAUAGAAGUAUUGCUUUCAUCAUACUUUUGUUUGUUCAUUGACAUUAAAUUAAAGUAAAACUUUUGUAGAUGACACUGGAUUACUUAAGAAACUAACUAACAUUUCUUAAGAGCAAUUAAAAUAAUAUGAACUAUUAAACAAAUAAACUGACUAAUCUAAUUUGAUGUAUCUAUCUACAACGGGCAAAAAUGUGAUUUGUACCUUGAUUGAAUUUACUUAAGAACUCACAAAUAAAAAAGAAGAAUGGACCGUUAUGAGUAGACAACAUAAAAUAUUUUCAUUUUAAACGUCUUAUGCUUGGGAUGGUAUCAUUAUUAUUUUAUAAUAUAGAUUCAAAAAUCUUGAUUUCAUUAUCGGGAAGAUAUUUUGUAAUCCACAACAAUAAUGGUUAAUAUGUUGUGCUUUCAAUAAAUAAUAAAAAUUUGAAUUAUGAUAUGAUGGAGAGUGAUCUCAAAUUGACUUUGCACUUUUUGAGUGAAUUAGAACAACUAUCAACAGGAAUAGGCAACUCUAUUGCAUGGCAUCAAUAUAAAGAAGAGUUAAUAGUUUCAGUUCCCUUAAAUGAAAGAAAUUAAAAUGUCACAAUUGAAGAAAAGAUAGAGUCUCAAACAAGUGGAUUUUUUAAUUAGAAAACGUUUUCUAGAAAUAUUUACAACUACUCCUCAAAUAUUGUCAAUUUUGUCAUUCAAAUCUAUGGUUUUGAUCACACAAAGAAAUAGUCUAUGUUUUUAAAAGCCACAAUAAAUAAUUUACCAUAGCCUGAAAGAGUCUUUGGAGUGUAAAGUUAUUAUUUUAUUGUUACAAAUUCUGAAUGCAACAUCGAAGACUAGAAAUUAAAAGCAGAGAUUAAACAACUAAAAUUGAAAAAUGGUUAAUUUUAUUAAUUUUAAAAUAAUUAAUUGGUUCCAUUUGGUAAUUAGUUUAUUUCUCCAUUAAAUGUGACUAGCAACAUAAAUGAAACCUUUUUAUUAUUUUAAUAUGAAAAGACCUUUUCUCUUCUUAUGAAAUAGAAUGGAUAGUUUAUCCCCAUUUUAACUGAAUUUGAACAACUUACUGAUAGCUAUUUCUGGGAAGACUUAUUAUUUUAUGUCACUUAAACUCAAAUUAAGAUGGUAAUUGUUGUGAAUUAAGUUGCUAUUACAAUUACUCUAGCCCAAAUAGAUCCACCAUAAAAUCAACUUUAAAGUUGUGAGUUUUUAAAAGCUAAUUAACUUGAUGGGUAAUAUCCUGAAAUACAGGUUAGACCAAAUGGAUAAUUAAAAAUUGUAAUGAAUUUGUAAUUAUAUUAUAGUUAAUGAUUCAUGACAGCAAACUUAUUGUUAUUAAUUAGGCGCAAGAAAUUUCAUUUAUUCAUUUGAAACAUGCAUUACUUGAGUUUUGUGUAUUAAUAUCUAAUAUAUAAAGAUUAAUUUAUAAGUGGAUGACUUUUCGAAGUGUGUUGAUAAUGCAAGUAAAUUGGAUUAGAAAAUGUAAAAAUUGAUUGCUUAGAUGUUUAUUGCCAAAAAUGCAAUCGAUUAGGUUUAAUAUUUAAAUAUGGAUCUGCACGAGCGCUUGACUUUAGAAUUGGAUCACAAUUUAAAUGAAACAUAAUUAACUGUAAUAAGAGUGUUAAUAUUUAGUUAGAUUUAAUAGAUCAGGUGAUGUUAACAGUAGCCGAUAAUAAAGAAAAGUAUAUUAAAGAUUUAGCUAUUAAAUUAUCUCAAUAAAAACGUGAAGAGGAAUUAGAUCUAGUAAUUUAAUAUGGAUUAUAAAACUAAUUGUAAAUUCUUGAUAAUUGAUUAUAGAUUCCCUCUUUACGACAUUAUUCCGUUAUUAUCAGAAACCUAAAGAGAAUAUUAUUUGGAUUCCUAAGGGAUUUUUCAAAAUUUCUAAUCUCUUAAGGAGAUAAGUAAAGAUAAAGAAGAUUUGAUGCUUUAUAAUUUAUACAAUAUAUUUUAAUUAUGA